AUGGACUUCACAAAUGUUAUCGAAGAUGCAGAGCUAGUUGACAUCCAGCUAGCGGGAGAUGUUUUUACAUGGAAGAAAGGAGAAGGCCAGGAUCCUGCAGCCAGGCUGGAUAGAUUCCUGAUUUCUGAGGAAUGGGAGAACACUUUUAAGAACAUCAAACAAUCGACAUUACAAAGGGUUAUUUCAGAUCAUUGCCCUCUGAUAUUGGAAUGUGGUAAUUGGGAGAGACCAAACUCCUAUUUCAAGUUUGAGAAUUGGAGGCUUCAAACAAAAAAAUUUAAGGAGAUGGUGAAGACUUGGUGGGACUCCAGUAUUUUUAGGGGAAAACCUGACUUUAUCCUGGCAAAUAAUGCAAAGAGAGAGGAAGUAGCUUGGAGACAAAGAUCCAGAGCUUUGUGGUUAAAAGAGGGGGACAGGAACACUAAGUUCUUUCAUAGAACUGCAAACAGCCAUAGGAGAUACAACAACAUUGAUAAGAUUUCUGUUAAUGGAGUGUGCACGCAAGAACCAACAAUAAUCAAAGAAGAAAUCUUAAACUUUUAUCAGAAUCUUUACACUGAGACAGAGAGGUGGAGACCUCAGUUCAUUGUUAGAAAUGGCAAGAUGAUUAGUGAAGGUGACAAUAUCAUGCUUCAGAGUCAGUUUACGGAGGAUGAAAUAAAAGAUUGUGUUAUGGCAUGUGCUGAGGACAAAGCUCCAGGCCCUGAUGGACAGCUCUCAACUAAAGUACUUGAGAGUAAUUUGAUCCUUUUUGAAGCCAUCUUAGGCCUACACAUCAAUUGGGGUAAGAGCUUCAUCUUUCCUGUCAAUGAGGUGCCUAGGAUAAACAUGCUUGCAAAUAUACUAGGGGGGGAGGUAGGGGAUCUCCCCACAACAUACCUUGGCAUGCCUUUGGGAGACAAGAGCAGGUCAAAAGGUAUUUGGAACAACAUUCUAGAAAAGUGUAAGAAGAAGCUGGUGAACUGGAAAAGUCAAUAUUUGUCCUUGGGAGGAAGAGUCACACUCAUCAACAGUGUGCUAGAUGCUCUACCCACAUACAUGAUGUCUGUUUUCCAUAUGCCUGCAAAUGUGAUUGACAGAAUGAAUGCAAUUAGGAGGAAUUUUUUGUGGCAAGGAAAUUGUGAUCCUAAUAAUCAUAAAUUCCAUCUAGUGAAGUGGGACCAAGUCAUUCUCAGCAAAAAGGAAGGAGGUUUGGGGAUUAGGAAUCUGAAAAUCCAGAAUCAAAGCUUACUUAUGAAGUGGUUAUGGAGAUUUGCCUCACAAGAACAAGCUCUCUGGAAGGAAACAAUAAAGGCUAGGUUUGGUAUGGAGAAUUUGUGGAUCACCAACCUGUCCACACAACCCUAUGGAUCUGGAGUAUGGAGAUCCAUCCGAAGUUUAUGGAUCAAAUUCUUUAACAAAUGCAAAAUCAAGGUAGGGAAUGGUGGAAGGACUUUGUUCUGGGAAGACAAAUGGGUGGAUCAGGUGACUUUGAGAAAUAGGUUCCCUAUUUUGUUCAACAUGAGCCUUCAAAAAGAGGCUACAAUCAGAGAAAUGAGAGAUAAUCAAGGGUGGGAUCUAAGGUUUAGAAGACAUCUAAAUGAUUGGGAGGUCAAUAAAAUAGUUGAGCUACUCAACAUUCUAGGGCAGUGCAAAGAUCUAAACACAAAUGAGUACAAUCUAUUUUGGAAUCCAGAUGAGCAAGGCAUAUUUUCAGUUGGCUCGGCUUAUAGAAGCUCACAAAGACCUGGUACUCAUAUAGGUGGAUGGCCUUGGAAGAUGAUUUGGAAAGUCAAGAUACCAUUCAAGAUAGCAUGUUUCACUUGGCUGUUAGCCAAUCAGGCUGCACUCAACUCAACACAACCUCAAUGA